AUGUCCUCUGACUUUUUGGCUGGGUACAUCAGUGGUGCUGUGGGAAUACUGAUUGGCAACCCUCUCGACCUCGUCAAAGUUCGUUUACAAGCUAGAAAGGAACCAGGUUUCUUUCGAGCCCAAGCUCAAGGCCAUGGCUAUUUUGAAACAAGAACAUCGUUGAUCAAAGGCGCUGCUGCUCCCAUCCUGGGAUACGGUGCUUUGAAUGCUCUACUUUUUGUCGCUUAUAACCGAUCUCUCAAAUUCCUUGACCCUUCAGUUAUUGAUCCAACUAACCUUGACGGCAAAGUAUCGUUAACCAAUGUCUGGCUGGCUGGUGCUGCAGGCGGCAUGGCCAGUUGGGUUGUUUCGUCACCGACAGAACUCAUCAAAUGCCGGACGCAGCUGAGUAGAGAUAAAAGCAUCUCCUCUUGGUCUGUGUUCCGUGAUACUGUCCGAGUACAUGGACCCAGAGGACUGUACUUUGGUGGCCUUAUCACAAGCAUCAGGGAUGCUGUAGGCUAUGGUUUCUAUUUCUGGUCUUAUGAGUUAUCCAAGCGCAGUCUAUCCUCCCCCCACGAGAGUAGUCACCAAGAGGCUCUGAAAGUGCUUCUCUGCGGUGGUGUUGCCGGUAUCAUUACAUGGGCUUCCAUUUUUCCACUGGAUGUGGUCAAGACUAGGUUGCAAGCUCAACCUCUAGUUGUUUCAAACAAUAGUACGGAGGUGCAACGACGAAGGCCUUCUGUAUCGACCCCGCUGUCACACUUCAGAACGCUGGGCUCGUUAGGCAUUGCUCGGGAGGCAUACCAUAACGAAGGGCUUCGUGUGUUCUUCCGCGGGUUAGGCAUUUGUAGUGUACGAGCGUUUGUGGUCAAUGCGGCCCAGUGGGCCGUGUAUGAAUGGUUAAUGAGAGAAUUUGGGGCAGCUAUCGCAACUCAUCCAGGCGCAUAG